AUGGACAGUCUCGCCUCGUUCAUCGUACGGUCCGCCGUGGCCAUGACUGCUCCGCCGCCGCCGUCCAUGGGACACCCGCAUCCCCCUCCCGACGCGCCUCCCGGUGAUGGUGGUGGUGGUGGUCCCCCGGUGGGACCUCCGGGAAGCCAGGGCGACUGCCGACUCAUGGGGCCCUUCUCCCUCUUCGUGCAGGCCGCCCUGGGAUCCCUGGCACUACUAUCGCUCGUGUUCAAGAGGUGGAGGGAGAGGCCGCAGCGCCCCGUCAAGAUUUGGUUCUUUGACGCGUCAAAGCAGGUCUUUGGCUCCGUCCUAGUGCAUAUCGCCAACAUCUUCAUGUCCAUGCUCACCAGCGGACGCUUCGCCAUCAAGAUGGACCCCAGGAGCGCCGGCGACGAGCUCAUGGCCCGUCGCGAGGACGGGUACGUCCCCAACCCUUGCUCCUUCUACAUCCUCAACCUCGCCAUAGACACCACCGUUGGCAUCCCAAUCCUCAUCAUCCUCCUCAAGAUCACGACCGGCCUCGUGGCCCGCACACCCUUCGGCACGCCUCGCGAGUCCAUCCAGUCAGGCUACUACGGUCAGCCCCCCAGCGCGUGGUGGUGGCUGAAGCAGUCGCUCAUCUACUUCGUCGGCCUCUUCGGCAUGAAGGUCUGCGUCCUCAUCAUCUUCCUCGUCCUGCCCUGGAUAUCCGAGAUUGGUGACUGGGCGCUCAGCUGGACCGAAGGCAACGAGAGGCUCCAGAUCGCCUUCGUCAUGAUGAUAUUCCCCCUCAUCAUGAACGCCAUGCAGUACUACAUCAUCGACUCCUUCAUCAAGGAGCCCGGCAGCGCCGACCAUCACGAACGUCUGCCCACCGAGGAUCCGGAUGAGAGUGACAGCGGCGACCGUCGCCACCACCACCAUCGCAACCGCGACGACGACGAAGCCGAUCGGGGAGAGGAGCUCGUCACCAGCAGCGACAACGACGACCCGGACGACGACAACGGAGACGGUCAGGAUUCCGACGACGAUAAGAGGAUGAAGAAGAAGGGCCAGGGGAACCAACGUGCCAACAAUGACAGUCAGAAGCGACGCGGCAGCUCGGCAGAGUACGACCCUGCCAAGGAUGGCGAUGCGGGCACCGUCAUCGGCAGUGUCGGCACUUCUAGUCUGACCAAGAGCUAA